UCUAUUAUUAUUAUUAUCAUUGAAUUCCUUUUCUAUUUUUCAAUAUUUUAUUAUCCUUCCACACAUGUCCAAAGCAACAAUCGGAUGGAUGAGAAGCUCAUCCACUAGUCUGUAAGCUGAGCAUUUCGCUACAAAAUUUUCAUCACAUGCCACCAAAAACAGGAGAUAAACUCAAACCGAUCCAUCCAUAAAAUCCUUUAACCCAAACCCUAUUUUUCCUCUUCUACGCCCUCGAUCUCUUCUUCUAAUUAAUUUCCUAUAGAAUCAACAUUUCUUCCUGAUUUUGAUUCCUUAUUCUCAAAUCUCCCAAUCCUUUUGACAAAUAUUUCUUCUUACAAUUCCUACAUCUUCUUCAACUUCUACUCUAUCCUCACUACAUAAUUGAUCGAUUAUUGCAUUUUUUACAAGUUUAAAAGGGUGGAUCGAAGGCAUGGAAAGCGCCCACUUCCAUCGGAAGCAUCAGAAGAUAAAGAGAAACAUCAAGAGCUUCCUUCUUAUGAAUCUUCUUGGUCAGAGACUGAUAUGUCAGCCAUGGUUUCUGCUCUAACUCAAGUCAUUGGCACCACCGAUGACCAGUCAAACAUGGUGCAAUCCAACCCUUCAACAGUUUCUUCAGAUUUGCCCCAACCAGCUCAAGAUCAAGGAACAACAAGGAAGAGACAUUACAGAGGGGUUAGACAAAGACCUUGGGGCAAAUGGGCGGCUGAAAUUCGAGAUCCUAAAAAGGCAGCUCGAGUGUGGCUCGGCACAUUCGAGACUGCUGAGGAUGCAGCCAUGGCAUAUGAUAGAGCAGCCCUCAAAUUUAAAGGAACCAAGGCUAAACUUAAUUUCCCUGAAAGAGUUCAAGGAAUGCCUGAGUUUUUCUAUUUAAUGGGUGGAGAUUCUUCUUCAAACACUAGGUCUUUUAAUGACCAAAAUGUAAGGCCACCAAUGAUUAAUAAUCCUCCUCCUCCUCCUCCAAUUCACCAAGAAGUUUAUCCCGACUUGCUUCAAUAUGCUCAAAUUCUUUCAAGCGAUGAUGCUAGUUUUAAUUAUUACACUUCAAGUCUCUUUAAUCAGGAAGGUUUCUCACCUCAUUCUUCUUCAACGUUAUCUUCUUCCACCAGCUCAUCACAUCACCAGCAGCAACAGGAGCUUAUGAGAUUUUCAUCAAAUUUUGAAGAUAUUCAUGAUGAUCAUAGGAAGGAAUUUGAUGACUCAAAUGGGUAGUACCAUGUUCUCUGUGCGUCUAUUUAAUAAAAUCUUCAUCAUAUAUACAUUUUUUUUUAACCCAUGUGGGUAGUUUUUAAAAUGAAUGCAUAUGUGACAUAUGACACGGAACCUCUUUAUAAUGACUCAACUAGAUUUCAAUCUAGAUGAGCAGCCUUUGACGUCAAUUUCGAUUAUUCCUUUCAAGUUAGAAGAAAGAGUUGCAGCAGAAUCGACCACAACAGCAUGAGCAAGCCAUUUCCAAGUAUUUUUUAAACAAUUUUGGAAAGCUAGUCGAGCUAGUUCUGGUUUUUUGAUGCAUAUAUGCCUAGGCGAAAUAUAUAUUUGUAGUAAUUGGCCUAAGGAGCAUCUUCUAACGAGACGUGUAAACUCUAAAUGAGUUAGAGAAUUGAGUUUCUCUCUUUGUAUCUUCUUCUGCAAAAUCUAUUCUACUUGUCAUCUUAUGAUUUAA